AUGUCAGAGAAAAAGCCGCUCGACGCGCGCAGUCUCGUCAGAUUCUCGAUGGAUUAUGUUGAAAUUAGGACAACCCGGAAAAUGGGCGAGCAAAACCAGGGGUUCGUCUCGGAUGAAAUGGAUCGACAUUUGGGGGAGCACAGCCGCACUGUACGCGCCACUACUAUUGACGUUCAGGAGGACACCACGCAAACGGCUGAUGGGAAGGUAAACGUUCCAAUUUCCCCAGUCAUCACCGAGCCCCCAGAAGACGAGGAUUACGGUGGAUUGGCCUGCUGUAGCUGGACAAAGAUGUGCGAGACGCUUGGGAAUCGGCAGGGGCGAUUUAUCGCGACUUUGAGACCGCUGCGGGCGCCCCUCGUUUAUGCCCUCCAAGCCCUGAAACGCUUCGAACUGGAGCUGGAACGAUCGAUCAAAUCUCGGGAUUCUGCGGAGGAUACGGCGAAGAAAGUGACCGAUGUCAUCGAUAACAUUAAUGCGCUGACGACGCACACGAAGCUGAACAUCCCGCCCGAGGAGAAUCAGAUGUUGAGGGGCGUCGCCAACGAGCUCGUCAUUUUACAGCGCGUAAUCGAUGAGGUGGCCUACACGCUACGCAACACGCCAUCACGAAAACCCAGCGUAUCCCCGGCUACACAAAUCGGCAAGGAAAUUCGGAUCGACUCGAAUACGGUAGCAAUUAAAAGAGAAUCCAACAAAUCGAGCCUGUUCUCCUACAAGCCGGCCGCCUUCGAGCAGCAGCCACCGCCACAGCCGGAUGUUGAGAAAGCCAUCUCUCCGCCUCCAGUUCGUGCUCAGUCUCCGCUGGGAGGUUAUUCCGUCAAAACGGGGCCUCAGCUCGACUAUACAGUUCCCGAAAUCGACGCGAAUUUGGUGACUACCGUAACCCGGACCUACGAUGAGCACUCCCUGAAGGAGCGAAUCGCGCGGAAUUGCGACCGUAUCGAGCACCUCAUCUGCUUCAUCGAUCAGAAGUGCGAGCGGAGAUGGUGGUUGAAGGAUAUGAUCAACUUCUUUCAGCUGUUCAUCAAGCUGGCCCUGUUCGUGUCGGCGUCCGUGUCGGUCGUCUACCACUCAGACAUUACGCCAUCUAUCAUCACGCUCGUCAUCGCCGUGUUGCAGGGUGUAAUCGAGCUGCUCGACCAGUACUUCGUCAAGAAUAAGAAGCCGGAAGACGUCAAGCUGUCCGUCUUUACGGGGACGGUGAAGAGUACAACGACGGCCUUCAGCUAU